CCAAAGUCAAAGAAAGCCAUAGUUGAUGUGGUUACUUUCUUUGAAUAAGUUAUGGCUGAGCUAGAAGACGAAAUUUCCUCGCUUUGCAACGAAAUACACGAGUUCAAGAUCGGAACGUUUGAGAACUUCCAUGAUGCCAUGGAAGGCGAAAUGGAAAGUUGCUGUGUGAAUAUUGUUUUCUUUGGCAUGGCUGGGUCUGGGAAAUCAGCUUUGAUUAACACCAUAUUCCAGUCUUUAGGAUAUAAAGAUAUGAAUCCAGCUGUAACUCAAACCACCGGGAAGGAAGGAACAAAGGUUUUGGAUAGAUUCUUUCUUCCCGGAAACCCAAUCGCGCUUAUCGACACGCGAGGAUAUUUCUCGAUGGAUACCAAAGAAGAGGGCGAACUGUUUCGGAUCCUGUUUGGAAUUGAUCGGCCGGGAGAUGAUUUGACACGGGACGAUAAAAGCGCUCUAAAAGCAAAAGCCGCUGGCCAGGGAGCCCACAAACUCGAGAAACCUCCGCUAGCCGACCAAAUGCACGUCGUAAUUUGGGUCAUAAAAGCUAAUGAUAUUAGAUUUGAAAUGGGUCAGUACAGAGAAAUCAUCAAGUAUGUUCAAGACCAACUACGGGAGGAAAUAAUCACCACGUUAACUGUCAUAACAUUCGACGAUGAGGUCCAGAGAGGGCCAAAUGCCGAUGAAAAAAGGAAAAGAUUGAAAGAGGCGGCCAUUGAAGUCACUGGUAGUGACAGGAAGAACGUGUUUAUGAUCGCCAACUCAUUAUCAGAAAAAUAUCUUGAUCCAGUUUACAAGAAACGUGUCUUGGAGCUGAUGAAGAAAGCAUUAACGUGCGGAGAGCGUUCCAUUAGGAUGCGGCAAAAUAAAAGGGAAAGUCCAAAAAAGGAAAACCGGCAUUCAGAGUCUGCAGCCAGUGAGCUCAAAUAUCCAACGCCAGUGGAGCACGAAUAUGAACCUCUGACUGAUGAUCGUAAAUGCAAAAGCUUGUCGUCAGAUUUUAAAUCACCCGACUUGAGCCAGUCUAAACGUUCAACAGAGACCUUCGAGAUGGAGCUAAAUGACAAUGAACACUGCCUAGCAUGUUCCAAAUCCUAGAUGUGUUUUUUUGUUCAUUUUGAAUUAUCACUAGCUUAAGUGACAUCGACAUUUUUCCAAGAAUUUUUAGCACAAAUUCUUUAUUUGUUUGUUAUAACUUUAUUAUGUGACAGUAUCAUCAAGAAAGGAGCGGACUUAGGAAGAUGUGUUUCGAGAUUAUGGUGAAUUGAUGUCCAAACGUUUGCCUAAGGACUUAAUGUCAAUUGUAGAGUUCGGCUAUUAAUUGAAGAUCGUUAUACCACGGCUCACGAUAACUAAUGAUAGCUUGAAUCUAUCGUUCAUAUAGAUCAGUGGCCCAAAAUCCUGAGACAAACGUUUGGAUCUUAAUUUAUCAUUAUGCGGAGCAGACUCCUUCCAAAUGAAACUAAAAUACGAAAGUAGCAGGAGUUUUGAUAUCCGAGCAUGCUCGAAGUAGCCUCCAAAAUCUACGAUAUUCUUGUGUACACACCGAAACCUUAAGGUAUAAAAAAACGAAGGGCACUUUUAUUCAAUGAUUUGGAUAAAAAUUAAAGAGAUUUCCCCUCA